ACAGCCGGAGAUGCGAUGAAAGUCCAUGGAAAUCCGUUGUUGUUUGUGUCUUGAAGGUACACGAAUAAUACUUGAAGACGAUUUUGGCCAUGAUCCAAACAGUGCGUACAAGUGCUUUCAGGGUACUGUACAUGUGAAGCGUGCAGCAUUCUAUGUGGGUAUAUCGGCUCUUAUUCUGUGCAUAUUUUCUGCAGUUUGUAUGUACUUUGGAGUGUACUCCGUGAACUUCUGGCUGGAUAUUUUCCUAAUUGUUAUGAACGCAAUCGUUGCCGCGCUUGUGCUUAUUGGACUAUACUUCGAUAAUCCGGUGCUUCUCAUUCCAUUUAUUGUUGCUGAGAUUGCACAAUGCACUGGAUUUUUCUUACUGGCCACAUACACUCUAUACUAUACCAUAGUAAUCAAGAAACAGAGAUUCUACCAAAAAUUUGACCAGAUACUGCUCACAGCCUCAACUUAUCUCGGCAUACUGGUAUGUAUGCAAGCUACAUGGGUAAUCAACCGAUGUUACCAUUAUCUCCGAACGAGGCGACUUCGUCCCACUUGUGAUGAUGUGGAACAUUCUUUUUGGGGAUGAAGCGACAGUCUCCAAUCCCGUGUUAGGUACUCAAGUCGUCUUCGAGGAAAUCUAAGAUGUCUCAAAUGAUCUCACUGAUGCAAAUCAUCGACGCUGACAUCAGCGUCUUGCCUAUAUUACGGGCAAAUGUAUACAUUGAAAAUGUGUGUAUUUUAGCA